AUGACCAAUUUUUCGGCCCUAUUCUCGAAGUUAACCGCCUUGAUCUUGCUGCCAUUUUUGGUUAAUGCCACUGCGAACACUACUAGUAGUGGCACAGAGGAUAAGUGGGUUAUAAAUUUUGAUUUUUUUAAAUUAAAAAAAAAUUUUGAACUUUUUUAAAAAAUUUUUUAAUUUUUUAAAAUUUUUGCUAUUUUUUGUUUUGUAAAGAAAGUUCUUGCCACUUUUUGCUUUGUAAAGGAAGUUCUUGCCAUGGUUUGUUUUGUAAAGAAAGUUUUUGCCAUUUUUUGUUGUGUAAAGAAAGUUCUUGUUAUUUUCUGUUUUGUAAAGAAAGUUCUUGCCAUUUUAUAUUGUUCAAAUCUAAAUUUCUGACGAGCACUGUUCCAGCACCAUCUUCCUGAUCUCGGCCGUGGGUGGAUUUCUUCUGUUUGUGGUUGUCGGUUGCUUUGUCAUUUGGAAAGUGUGUGUUAAGGGGAGACAGAAGAAGGUGGAGAUUGUGAACGAUCGUCUAGAAGGAACGACUGACGACAAAGGUUGGGUCAUGAUGGAUGAGUCGAAUUCGAUUAGCGGUAGCAUUUCAACGCAGCGCACGGUGGACACGUCGAGUAAGGACAAGGAGGGAAAGAAUGGCAAAGAUAAGGACAAUUCGGGCAAAGACAAUUCUGGCAAAGCGGGCAAAGAUAAUUCAGACAAAGACAAGUCGGGCAAAGCAAGAAAGGACAAUUCGGGCAAAUCGGGCAAGGACAAUUCGGGCAAAGCGGACAAGGACAAAUCGGGCAAAGACAAGUCGGGCAAGGACAGCUCGGGCAAAGACAAGUCGGGCAAGAAAAAGCCAGACAAUGCUGACAAAACAGGAAAAGAAAAGUCAGGCCGGGACAAAAGUAAGGACAAAUCGGGCAAAGAAAGGUCGGGCAAAGAGAAGAAUGACAAGGACAAGUCAUCCAAGGACAAAAGCAAGGACAAAUCGGGACAAGACAAGUCAUCCAAGUCUCAGCUAGCCCCACCGCCCAAGAAGAUCGGCUAUGACCAGCGCCAUCUAUCACCGGCUGAAGGAAACAAGGACGAGGACGAGGCUGGGCGAUCUCUCUUGGUGAAGGAAGAAGUCUCGACCAGGUCCGGAAAGCAAGAAACCUUAACCGAGGUUGAAAUACCUCGCUUCGACGACUUUGAUUACCAAAUGUAA